AUGAGGUCAGAAGCCUUGCUGCUAUAUUUCACACUGCUACACUUUGCUGGGGCUGGUUUCCCAGAAGAUUCUGAGCCAAUCAGUAUUUCGCAUGGCAACUAUACAAAACAGUAUCCGGUGUUCGUGGGGCACAAGCCAGGACGGAACGCCACACAAAGGCACAGGCUGGACAUCCAGCUGAUCAUGAUAAUGAACAGAACCCUCUACAUUGCUGCUAGGGACCAUAUUUAUACUGUUGAUAUGGACACAUCACAUACAGAAGAAAUUUAUUUUAGCAAAAAACUGACAUGGAAAUCUAGACAGGCUGAUGUAGACACAUGCAGAAUGAAGGGAAAACAUAAGGAUGAGUGUCAUAAUUUUAUUAAAGUCCUCCUGAAACGAAAUGAUGAUACCUUGUUUAUCUGUGGAACAAAUGCCUUCAACCCUUCUUGCAGGAACUAUAAGAUGGAGACACUGGAGUUCCUAGGAGAUGAGUUCAGUGGAAUGGCCAGGUGCCCCUAUGAUGCAAAACAUGCCAAUGUUGCACUGUUCGCAGAGGGAAAGCUGUAUUCUGCCACAGUGACUGACUUCCUUGCAAUAGAUGCAGUCAUUUACCGGAGCCUUGGAGACAGCCCAACCCUGCGGACAGUCAAACAUGACUCAAAAUGGUUAAAAGAGCCAUACUUUGUCCAAGCGGUAGAUUAUGGCGACUACAUCUACUUCUUCUUUCGGGAAAUAGCAGUGGAGUACAACAGUAUGGGAAAGGUAGUUUUCCCAAGAGUGGCUCAGGUUUGCAAGAAUGACAUGGGAGGAUCUCAGAGAGUUCUGGAAAAACAGUGGACUUCCUUUCUCAAGGCUCGCCUGAACUGCUCAGUUCCUGGCGAUUCACACUUCUACUUUAACAUACUGCAGGCUGUUACGGAUGUUAUCCAUAUCAAUGGCCAUGAUAUUGUCUUGGCAACCUUCUCCACCCCUUAUAACAGCAUCCCUGGCUCUGCAGUCUGUGCCUAUGACAUGCUUGACAUUGCCAAUGUAUUUACUGGGAGAUUCAAAGAACAAAAGUCUCCAGAUUCUACGUGGACACCAGUUCCUGAUGAGCGAGUGCCCAAACCCAGGCCAGGUUGCUGUGCUGGCUCUGUAUCAUUAGAAAAGUACAUAACCUCCAAUGAGUUCCCAGACGAUACUCUAAAUUUCAUCAAAACGCAUCCUCUCAUGGACGAGGCUGUUCCUUCAAUUGUCAGCAGGCCCUGGUUCCUGAGGACGAUGGUCAGAUACCGUCUGACCAAAAUUGCAGUAGACACUGCUGCUGGGCCACAUCAGAAUCACACGGUGGUUUUCCUGGGAUCAGAGAAGGGAAUCAUAUUGAAGUUCUUGGCCCGGACAGGAAACAGCGGUUUCCUAAAUGAUAGCCUUUUCCUGGAGGAGAUGAAUGUUUACAAUCCCGAAAAGUGCAGCUAUGAUGGGGUAGAAGACAAGAGGAUUAUGGGAAUGCAGCUUGACAAACAUAGCAGUUCUCUCUAUGUAGCAUUCUCUACCUGUGUGAUAAAGAUUCCCCUGGGACGAUGUGAGCGUCAUGGCAAGUGCAAAAAGGCCUGCAUAGCCUCCAGAGACCCAUACUGUGGCUGGGUGAAGGAAGGUGGGGUAUGCACACAGCUGCUACCUGGUGUAAAAUUGGCAUUUGAGCAGGACAUAGAGCAUGGCAAUACAGAUGGCCUGGGUGACUGCCAAAAUUCCUUUGUAGCACUGAAUGCCAUUUCAACUCCUUCACCAGCUCAUGAAAUAUCUUACAACACAGUGUAUGGCCACUCCCGUUCACUAGUUCCAAGCACCACCACUUCUGACUCUCCAGCUCAAGAGGGUUAUGAUACUAGGGGACGUAUGCUGGAUUGGAAGGAUCCGGUUGGCUCAUCUGAAAACACAGAUCCAUAUGCGGCAGUGUCAUCCCAUAAUCACCAAGACAAGAAGGGAGUGAUUCGUGAGAGCUAUCUCAAAGGCCAUGAUCAGCUGGUGCCGGUCACCCUCCUGGCCAUUGCAGUUAUUCUUGCUUUUGUCAUGGGGGCUGUCUUCUCGGGAAUCAUAGUUUACUGCAUCUGUGACCAUCGCCGCAGAGACGUGGCCGUUGUCCAGAGGAAGGAGAAGGAGCUGGCCCACUCCCGCCGCGGCUCCAUGAGUAGUGUUACCAAGCUCAGCGGUCUCUUUGGAGACACACAGUCCAAGGAGCCAAAACCAGAAGCUAUCCUCACACCUUUGAUGCACAAUGGCAAACUCGCUACCCCAGGCAGCACUGCCAAAAUGUUAAUCAAAGCUGACCAGCACCAUCUGGACUUGGCUGCUCUGCCAACCCCUGAGUCCACCCCAACCCUGCAACAGAAGAGGAAGCCUAGCCGUGGCAGCAGGGAAUGGGAAAGAAACCAGAACCUUAUCAACGCCUGCACAAAAGAUAUCCCCGCAAUGUCAUCGCCUGUGAUUCCAACUGACCUGCCUCUCAGGGCUUCUCCCAGCCACAUCCCAAGUGUUGUAGUCUUGCCAAUCUCUCAGCAAGGCUAUCAGCAUGAGUAUGUUGAUCAGCCAAAAAUGAGUGACAUGGCACAGAUGGCCAUGGAGGACCAGAAUGCCACGCUCGAGUACAAAACCAUAAAGGAGCAUCUCAGCAGCAAAAGUCCCAACCAUGGGGUUAAUCUGGUGGAAAAUCUGGAUAGCAUGCCACCAAAAGUACCCCAGCGGGAAGCCUCGUUGGGUCCUCCUGGCUCCUCUCUGGCUCAGAGUGGUCUGGGCAAGCGAUUAGAAAUGCAUUCCUCUGCUUAUAAUGUGGACUACAAGAGAAACUACCCUACGAACUCACUCACGAGAAAUCAUCAGACAUCAACUCUCAAAAGAAACAAUACUAACUCCUCUAAUUCCUCCCACCUCUCUCGAAAUCAGAGCUUCGGCAGGGGAGACAACCCUCCGCCUGCCCCCCAGAGAGUGGACUCCAUACAAGUCCAUGCUGCUCAGGCACAGGCUGUGACUGUCUCUAGGCAGCCUAGUCUCACCGCAUACAACUCGCUGACAAGGCCCGGGUUGAAACGUACACCUUCCCUAAAACCAGAUGUACCCCCCAAACCUUCCUUUACUCCACUUUCAACAUCCAUGAAGCCCAAUGAUGCGUGUACAUAA